AAGUUUCAUGUGUUCAUACCUCAAUUUACUUUGCAGGAACACCAGUGGAACAUUCUCAAGCAUGGGUCCAUCCACCCCAGUCUGGAGCACUGACAACACAACAAUGAAUGGAAGUUACUACACUGAAAGCUUACUCUGUGACACCAUGUACAAAAUCUUCAGUAUUCUUACUUUCAUCAUUGCUGUGGUUGGUCUGACAGGAAAUACCAUAGUACUGUGGCUUCUAGGCUUCCAUGUGCACAGAAAUGCCUUCUCAGUCUAUGUACUCAACCUUGCUGGAGCUGACUUUCUCUACCUGUGCUCUCAGACUGUGUUUUUCCUGAGACAAAUCCUUUUUCUGUCUCAUACCAACUACUUUUAUAUUUCAUUCUCUCACACCAGUAUAUCAGUCUUUGCUUACCUUGCAGGUUUAUGUAUGAUUGCAGCCAUCAGUGUUGAGCGAUGCCUGUCUAUUUUGUGGCCCAUUUGGUAUCACUGCAAACGACCAAGAUACAUGUCAUCUGUCAUGUGUGCCCUGCUCUGGAUCUUCUCUCUACUGUUAACCCUCCUGUUAUGGUUGGGUUGCAGUUCAAUGAUUGAAGGUUAUUCUUUCUGUGCAAAUGCUGUUUUUACCACUGUUGUACUUAUAACAGUAAUAUCUGUAGUUCCUUGUGUAUUUAACCUGGCCCUGUUGGUCAGGAUCUUCUGUGGCUCACAGAGGAUUCCUGUGACCAGGUUAUAUGUCACCAUUGCACUCACAGUGCUGGUCUUCUUACUCUUUGGUCUGCCCUUUGGUAUCUAUUGGAUACUUCUCAUUUUGAAUGUAAUAUUACCUAGAGUUUUAUAUUGUAGUGGUUAUGGAAUUGCAAGUUUCUUGUCCUGUGUUAACAGCUGUGCCAACCCCAUCAUUUACUUCCUUGUUGGCUCCAUUGGGCAUCGCAGGUUCCAGAGGCAGACUCUGAAAAUUAUUCUGCAGAGAGCCUUGCAGGACACUCCUGAGGAAGAAGAUGGAGAGAGGGCUUCUUCAGGAAAUCCUAUACAGCAGGAAACAGCCUUGCGUAGUAGUUGA